AUGCUGUCCCGCUACCUCGCCCCCACCACCCUCAAAUGGGCAGUUUUCACCCUGAGCGCCAGCAGCACCCUGGGCUGCCUGUCCUGCCUGCUGGGGCUGGCCGUCUCCAUCGGGCUGACGCUGGGCAACCAGGGCCGGGCGCUGCUGGCCCCGUGCACCGUCACCCACAUCGCCCUUGCCCCGGUCUCCCGCGAGUGCCCCUUCGAUCCCACCCGUGUCUAUAGCUCCACGCUGUCUCUCUGGGCCAUCUCCCUCCUGCUCGACUCGGUGGAGAUUGUCUUCGGCAUCCGCUGCCUCCUGCUCACCAUCGACCUCCUCCGCCUUGGCCGCUGCUGCCGUGGGGUGCACCGGAGGAAGGUCUCCUUGCAGGCAGCCCCUGUGGAGAGCCCUGACCCUGGGCAGUGCCUGGGCUUGCUGAGGCUGGACAGUGUGGAAACCGCCCGGUUCUGA